UGAGCAUGAUGGCGGCGGCGGAGCGCGGCGCGGCGCGCGGGGCGCGGGCGGAGCGGGCGGUGCUGGUGCUGGUGGGUCUGCUGCGGCCCGCCGGGCUGCUCGAGCGGCUGCUGCGGCACGUGGAGGCAGGGCUGCGGCGCUGGGCUGUGGAUCUGGCCGUGGCUGACCUGGACCAGCAGCUGAAGCUGUUCGUGUCGCGACACUCCGCCUUCUUCUCAGAGGACGUCCCAGGCCAGCGGACUCUACAGCACAGUGGAGAAGUUCUGGACACGCAGGUGGUGGUGAAUCCAGCCCACGAGUUCGUCUGCUCAGAGGUCCGCCGGCUCAUAUGUGACACAUCUCGACACAAACUUUUGAUUCUGGCUGGUCAGUGUCUUGAAGAGACAGGAGACAUUGUUUUACAGAAAGGCUGCUUCUCUCUCAAUGACUUCAUCCAGAUAUUUGCAGAUGAAGAGGUUGGACAGUUGUUGAGCUCGGCAGACCCAACAGCAAAGGCCAGCCUCACCUUGAGCUGUCCAGACUAUGGGCUUUGGAAGGACUCUGUGCUGGAGAAGCACAACCUGCAAGAUUUCAUAGACAUCAAAAUCAACCCUCCCCUCGUCCUCCCAGAAAUGGAAGGUCUGCAGGAGUUCAUUGAAUAUCUUUCUGAGUCGCUGGAGCCUGAAUCACCCUUUGACUUGCUGGAGCCCCCCAGUACAGUGGGCUUUCUGAAACUCUCCCGGCCAUGCUGCUACAUCUUCCCUGGAGGGAGGGGAGACUCUGCCUUCUUUGCUGUUAAUGGCUUCAAUGUAUUGGUGAAUGGUGGCGCUGACCCUCGCUCCUGUUUCUGGAAACUGGUUCGGCAUCUGGACAGAAUCGACUCGGUACUCCUGACCCAUAUUGGCGUUGACAAUCUCACAGGGGUGAACAGCCUUCUGCUGAGGAAAGCAGCUGAACAGGAAGAUGAGUCUGCUGGAUCUCAGACCGCUGAGGACUGGAUGAAAAACCUCAUCUCUCCUGAAAUAGGGGUGGUUUUCCUCAAUGCUCCUGACAGGCUGAAGUCCAUCAAAGGAGAUCCCAAAGAGCUGCGGAGUUGUGACGAGGUCGCUCUCACCCUACAGUACUUACAGAGGCUGGCAAUCAAACCCGAGCCUGUGUGCCGGUCCAGUGGGCCCAGUAUUGAGCCAGUUAUCUUAUUUCACAAGAUGGGAGUUGGCCGCCUGGAGUUGUACACACUCAACCCAGUCAAAGGCAGUAAAGAACUUGAAACUUUAAUGCACACUUGGCCAAGCAACGGAUCAAACAUAAAGGGGUCAGAUCUUCCCCUGCCAUGCCUUGUUUCCAUUUGUGCUUUGCUGGUCUGGCAUCCCUCCAACCCUCAUGAGAAGAUCAUCCGAGUUCUUUUCCCUGGUUGCACACCACAGGCCAAAAUUCUGGAGGGACUUGAAAAACUGAAGCAUCUAGAUUUCCUCAAACACCCAGUGGUCUGCUUGAGGGAUCUAGAGAUAUCCAAAGCCGAGAAGCAGCUAAAACGAGCAGAGAGUCGAGAAAGCCUUAAAUCCCAGCCAAAAGAGUCUAGACCUAGUAGUGCCUUGCUGAAAGACAAACUCGGACGAGGAGAUGUCAAGAAACAGGAAGUGAAAACAAAGCCAAAGGCAUCAGGAGAUACUACUCCUAAAGAAGGGAAAGAAUGGGAAGAGAAGUCUAAACUGAAGGAUGGGGAUGCUAAACUAAAGCCACCAAAACCCACUGAGAAACUUGUUUCAAAGAAAGAAGAGAAAAAGGAAUUGAAAAAGAAGGAUGAGAAAGCCCCUGGUAGUGGUGUCAAGAAAGACGAGACUGGGGAGAAAAAGAAAGAAAGUGUAAAGAAGGAACCUCUAAGUUCAAAACCAAAGAAAGAUAUUAAAGCUGAUCCAAAAAAAGACAACAAGAAAGAUGUGAAACCAGAGGAGAAGAAAACAGCAAAAGCUGCUCCUAAAGAGGUGAAGAAAGCAAUGAGCGGCACUACAACAGCAUCAUCAUCUGCAAACACGGAAACCAAAAAGGCUUCGACCAAGAAUGGAACUCUAAAGAAAGAUGGAACUAUUUCCAAGAAAGAUGCUUUGAGCAAAGGGACAAAAGCUAAGACCAGUUUAAAGGAGCAGGAUAACCACAAAGCCUUGGUUACAGAGGCUGACCGCUCCAAGAUGUCAUCUCCUGAGGACAUGACGGCAGAAUUCGAAAAACUUCGAUUAGAAAAUGACAAUGGGAGCAAAGAUCACAACUCAAAGGAUGUAACCACUUCAGACCAGAGGUUGAUGCUGGAGAGUCCAGAGAAGUUCCGCAGUGUGGAUGUGCCUGUGGAGGCAGACCAAACCAUGGCUGAUUCCCCACCUCUUUCUAAAAUUCCAAAAAGUGAGCGCAGCAUUAACUUUGAUCUCACCCCGACUGCUCACAGGCUGGCUGAGGAGUCCUUGAAAAAUGGACAGGAUGAUGUCUGCGCUAGUUCAGAGGAGAAAACUUUAGAGUUGGUUUCUCCUGCAGACUCUGCCCCUAACAGUGCGGGUCAUACCCCUUUCCAUCAGUCCCCAGAAGAGGAUGUUCAGGGUUCAGGUGAGGACAGCAGUCUCGGGGCGAGAGUACCCAGCCUGGGUUUCGAGGACUACAACCAGGGAGGCUCCUGUAGGACCUCAGAGCUGAGCUCCCUGAGGUGUGGCCUGGAGAACUCCACCUCCUCCCAGGAUAAACAGUCCAGCCUUUUGACCCUCAGUCCCUUCAAAGACAUCUUGCCAGACUCCUCCCCCACCAUGACGUCAAUGCCAGCUGAGGUCGGCUCACCUCAUUCCACAGAAGUUGAUGAAUCCCUGUCCGUUUCCUUUGAGCAAGUGCUGCCGGUAACUGAAGCGUCGCCCAGAGGACCCCUUGGAGACCGACCCUACUCUAAUGGACAUUAUAGUGACUCAGACUCAAAAACAGAGAUGGCCUUACCUCUGAAAGCAUCCCAUGACAUGCGCCAUGGUUAUGGCUCUGAAGAACACAUCCACUUGAUGUCAGAAUUUGUCUCUGAUGUUCCACAUGAUGUAGAUCUCUGCUUGGUAUCGCCCUGUGAGUUUCAGCACCCCAGAUCCCCAGAGAACCAGCAUCAGCACAUUAGCCCUGGCCUUGCCACCACUAGCCCACCAGAACUUAAUGAUAACAGCAGCUACUCCCAGGAUCUAGACAAGCAGCACAGUUUUAGCAGCAGCGAAUGUCACUCAGCCUACAGCCAGGAAACUCCACCCACAUCGGUCAGCGACUCCCUCCCGACUGCCACGGAUUCUGAUAUCCCUCCAGGAACUGAGGACUGUCCAUCCAUCACUGCAGAUAUGGACUCGGAUGAUGAUUCCAGCAGUCUGUUCGCCCCCAGUCAUCCACAAGAUCAUCCCAGCCCUCAUUUCUCCCACACGGGGGCGCAGCGUUCCACCCACGACCCCCCCCCAGCUCCGAUGAAGGACCUCCCCCCCUUGCCACCACAGCCAGGAGCCUGCAUGGCUGAUGCUGAGGCUGAAAUUUCAAGUAAGAACCCAAAGAGUUCAUCUGCCAAGACCAAGAAACUGGCAAGUGCGACCCAGAAAGUGACGUCUGGCAAUGUCACAGCCCAGAAUGGAAAGCCCAAGGGUAGCAGCACAGCGGGGACAUUGAAGACAGCCUCCAGUCUUGACACAAAGCUGACAUCCCGACACUCUGCAGGUGGCUCCAGACCAGGCACUGCCAAACCUCCCUUUUCAGCCUCCAAGUCUGCAGCAUCUGGUGGUUCUGUGGUCUACCUGGAGCUGGCCUACCUGCCGUCAGGCCCCGCCGCUGCCACCGUGGAUGUGGACUUCUUCAGACGCCUUCGCUCCUCCUGCUACAUUGUUAGUGGCGACGACCCAGUGAAGGAGGUGGCGAUGAGGAGCAUCCUGGACGCUCUGCUGGAGGGGAAGAGCUGCUGGCCGGACGUCCAGGUGACCCUGAUCCCUACGUUUGAUUCGCUGGUGAUGCACGAGUGGUACCAGGAGACACACGACAGGCAGAGGGAGCUGUCCAUCACCGUCCUGGGCAGCAACAGCACCGUGGCCAUGCAGGAGGAGACCUUCCCCGCCUGCAAGGUCGAGUUCUGACCUCUGACCUCUGACCUCCGGCCAGGCAGAGGAGACCGAGUCGGACCUGUGGUUGCCACGGUUACAUCCAGGCCAGACCAAUGAAAAGACAGUAAAUUUGGUCCUUUCCUCCUCAGCUGAAUCCCGUCAGGGUGCACGCCCGGUCACUCUGCUGGGUCGAAGGUUGGCGUCUCAGCACAGCCCCUCUUACACUCAAUAUACACAAAAAAAAUUAUCUUUUAAAUCUGCACAAAAGCACAUCUCCGCUUGCUUUUCUGUAAGUUAAUCAGUGUGUGAUUUUGUACACUCCAGACGAGUCCUGAACAUUUCCAUGCAGGCUCACCCUGCAGACCAACACAUGAAUCUUUGUUAAACUGAACUUAAAGAAGGACCACAUGCCCUGAUCAGCAGGAUGAGCUCAUCAGUUAGCGGUUAGCGGUUAGCUUGUUAGGAAAGUCCCUGCAGAGAGUGUGUUGCAGGGCAGAAGCUGUCUGAUAGGAUGCAUGGCUCCCCCACCUAGCUUAGCGAGCUCACGCUAAACCUGCUCUAAACUUUAUAUCGCUGUUUGUUGUGAAGGAUAAUCACAUAAAGGUUUUUUAUGUUUAGUGUUUGUUUAAAGAAGGACUAAAGAUUUGUUCCAUCUCCCACUUUAAGUUUAUCUUGGCUUCCUCUUUGCUGAGAGUUUUUUAUUUUUUACUCUGUGUGAGUCGACUGUCAUGGCCUGUCCUUUCCUGUCGUGUUGUUUGGUUUAACUCGGCGAGCAGGACGGUCCGGUCCAGGCCGCCGAGGCUCCGGCUGCUUCUGUCCGGAAAACGUGGCAGCAGCUCGGAGCUGAAACGUGUCUGGCUGUUUCUUUUCUGCCCGUUCGGUUUUCAGAUGCUGAGCAAAUGUCACAUUUCAGUUAUUUAUUUUUUUCCCUACAAAUUGUCCUGUCUUAUUAAUUUCUUUUGGUACGAGCCCAUGACUGUCCCGUCCUGCCACGUGUCGGUUUCAAUCAUUUCAUCCUGUUGACUUUCACUGUAAAACCUCACAUCCAUGUAGAGGAAAGCGUGGCCCGGGGGCCAGCGCCGGGCCGCCAGCCGCCUCAGAGCGCUGCCCCUGACCUGAACCAGGACCAGAUCAGACAGUCAGACUCUGGUCUCGGACUCUGUCCACAUGCAGACGAUUAAACACACACACACACACACACACCUCUUUCUUUCAGCUUCAUAUGACGGCACACCAGCGCAACUGCAGACAGAGAAAAAACUGACUUUCCAAGAUUAAAUUUGUAAAUUUAUGAGUAAAAAAUGCAAAAAUGCUGAGAUUAAAAUUGUACAUUUGAGGAUAAAAUGCUGAAAAAUAUAUUUUUUUUCUCUUUUCACUUGUGAAACCAAGAACCAAAUUCAGCGACGUGAAGCUGUGUGGUUCCUUGGUUUUCUCAUAAAUUUAACUUUUAACUUUAACUAAAUUUAACUUUUUCAAUUUUUGGACUUGGACUUGGAUUUAUACAUGACUUUAUAAUCUCAGAAUUUCAAGGUUUUUCUCUGAAAUUUGAGUUUUUUCUCAUAAAUUUACCCCUUUAAUUUUGGAAAUUCUGAGUUUGUCCUGCAGGGGCCCCAGUGCGCCGCCGCAGGUCCCACCGUCUGUCCUCAGGACACCCACUGAGGCUCUUUGAUCUCUGGUUCAGUCCACUUCCUGUCCCCCCGAGGUCUGGACGUCCUGAAGAGACGCAGCGACGGAGGGCGAGUGACGUCUGGAGCUCGGGGCGUUUCAGACAGAAACAUCCGGCCCGAUCCGCACCGCUGCCUCUCUGCACACACUGUGUGUGUGUGUGUGUGUGUGUGUGUGUGUGUGUGUGUGUGUUGUCAUGUGGACAGAGAGGUUCUAGAAAACACUCCCCUGUGUGGACAGAUGGGUUUUGUUUUAAUUGUUUUAACACAUAAAGUUUGGUUGAAGAGCGUCAGAGAGAGAGAGAGUGUGUGUGUGUGUGUGUGUGUGUGUGUGUCGGUUGGCAGCUCAGUGAGACGAAGCCAAAAGACUGUACCCCCGUCACUCACUCACUCACCCACACACACCCACACACACACACACACACACACACACACACACACACACACACUGUGCACUGUGUGUUGUGUCUGUGCUGAACGGAGCACCAGAACAUUCUGUCAUGAAACACUAAUUCUGAUUUUAAUUGUUUGCUCUUUUAAAAUAAAUUUACCCUCCAAACGA